CAACGCCGAGUGCUUCUAACAUGUGGAGCCGGGACGCAUGCAACAGCCAGCCGUGAAGCAGCGGAGGGGGAGAAGACACUGUGCCAAUAUGGGGCUGGCAGUGCUGUUCAGAUGGCUUGUGUUCAUCUUGGCUGUGCCCGCUUGGCUGUUUGCUGCCCCCAGUGGCCCCCGGGAGCGCCCCUGCCCCCUAAGCUGCAGAUGCGAUGGGAAAAUAAUCUACUGCGAGUCCAACGCUUUUCGAGAUGUGCCCAGGAACGUGUCAGUCACCACACAAGGGCUGUCCCUGCGUUACAACAGCCUCAUGAACCUCCGCUCUCACCAGUUUGCCGGCCUGAGCCAACUAGUCUGGCUCUAUCUCGACCACAACUACAUCACCGCUGUGGAUGGACAGGCUUUCCAUGGUAUCCGGAGACUCAAAGAACUCAUUUUAAGUUCAAAUAAAAUCACGGUUCUGAAAAAUAACACUUUUCAUGAUGUCCCCAAUUUGCGCAACCUUGACCUUUCUUAUAAUAAGCUCCAAGUUCUCCAGCCCAGUCAGUUUGUGGGCUUAAGAAAACUGUUGAGUUUGCACUUACGAUCCAAUUCCUUAAAGACUAUCCCUAUGAAGGUUUUCCUUGAGUGUCGCAACUUGGAAUUUCUUGAUAUUGGCUACAACAGACUACGUAGCUUGACGAGGAAUGCUUUUGCUGGACUCCUUAAGCUAGUUGAAUUGCACUUGGAGCACAAUCAAUUCUCCAAAAUAAAUCUGGCACACUUUCCAAGGCUGACCAACUUGAGGGCACUAUACCUACAGUGGAAUCGGAUAAGACUGCUAACCCAGGGCCCGCCAUGGAUGUGGACUUCCUUGCAAAAGCUGGACCUCUCAGGAAAUGAACUAGAAGAACUAGACCCGAGCACUUUCCAAUGCCUCCCGAAUCUCCAAACUCUCAACUUGGAUUCAAACAAGCUCACCAACAUUUCGCAGCAGACCGUGGACACGUGGAUCUCUCUCACUACCAUAAGUCUAGCUGGGAAUCUUUGGUACUGCAACCCAAACAUUUGCCCUCUUGCGGCUUGGUUAAAGGCCUUUAAGGGUAACAAGGAAACCGCUAUGAUAUGCGCCAGCCCAAAAGAAUCCCAAGGCGAGAAAGUGAGCGAUAUUGUGGAGACUUACAAUAUUUGCAGACCAACUCCAAGCCCUAACCCCACCACAACCACAACAGUCACAAGCACGUUUAAACCCAAGCUUGUGCCUCUGCCCACUCAACCCUUUGUGGAUAAUACGCCUAUCUCCAACAGGACAGCCACCUCUACUGCACCCCCUACGUCUACUGCAAGCCCCACCGAGGCCUCCCCAACUAUCCCAUUACCCGAUAGCGAAUUUGUGUCCUUCCACAAGAUCAUAGCUGGUAGCGUGGCUCUGCUCCUAUCAGUGGCUAUAAUUCUCCUUGUUAUCUAUGUCUCUUGGAAGCGCUAUCCCAGUAGUAUCAAACAACUCCAGCAGCGUUCAGCAGCGGUUAACAAGAGGCAGAAAAAGACAAGAGAAGCAGAGCGCUCCCUAAGCUCCCCACCAGAGUACUAUGUGGACUACAAGCCGUCCCACUCAGAGACUAUGGACGUGUUGGUUAACGGAACAGGACCGUACACGUACACCAUCUCAGGCUCCAGGGAAUGUGAGGUAUGA